AUGCACAGCAGCCCCGACGACAAGCUGCGGUCGCCCUCUGGCGCCUCGGUCGCCGGACGCAACCAACCCGAGCUCGAGAGCGACUCCCACAGCGACGACGACGAUGCCGCCUCCCGCAGCGGCAAGCGGAAGCGCCUCAUCUCUGUCUCGUGCGAGAUAUGUAAACAACGAAAAGUCAAAUGCGAUCGUGGCCAGCCGUCGUGCGGCUGGUGCGCUCGCAAUGGCGCCGUAUGCGAGUACAAGGAGCGCAAGCGGCCUGGCCUCCGCGCCGGGUUCGGCAAGGAGCUGCAGGAACGCAUGGACAAGCUCGAGGCCAUCCUCAAGUCACACUCUGAGAUCAUCCAGGCUCACAUGGCCUCGAACCCGGCGGCCACACUAGCGAGCGUACGCAACAGCAACCCAAGCUUGCCCAGUGAUGUUGGCACGCCGAGGGACCACCCUAGCGUAUACAAACCCUCGGAACCUGCCAGCACACCACAGGCCGACUUGUCCGCAUAUCCGCCAAAGACGAGUUUCAGCGCCGGCUCACAAGGCGUCGAAUUCAACCUCCCGUCGACCCCUAGCAUUCACGACAGCCUCCGACCGCAGAUGCACAUGGGCGCUAGCUCUACAUCGGUCCAGCUUCCGCCGAUACAGUCCAACCCGGCCUUACACGAGUAUUAUGGAUCUCAGACGCCGAGUUUGCAGCCGGGACCCGGCACUCUCCCCCCACCUGGCGGAGCGUCAGCUACCGACCAGGAUAUGCCUCCGUACGACCUCCUUUACGCUCUUGUCGAUCUGUACUUCAAGCACAUCAAUUCAUGGUGCCCGAUAUUGCAUCGGAAAACCACCCUCGACUCGUUGUUCGGACCCUCGACCUUUCAGGAGACGGAUAGGAUACUUCUGCACGCCAUUGUCGCAACAACGAUGCGUUAUUCCACCGACGCCCGACUCACGGAGGAGCGGCGUCAGCAUUACCAUCGCGUGUCUAAGGAGCGCGUUCUGCUGUACGGAAUGGAGAAUUCUUCCGUCAAGUCACUGCAGGCACUCGUCAUCUUGGCUCUGGACCUCUGCGGCAGUAGCAAUGGACCGCCAGGUUGGAACAUCAUGGCGCUCAUCACCAGAUCCGUGGUGCAGCUUGGCCUUGCCGUUGAGACGAAUUCCUUCAGUGUAUCGCCCAACUACAAAUCGAUAUACACGCUGCGGGCCAUGGUUUUACCAGAACCGAAAGAUUUCAUCGAGGAUGAGUCGAGGCGGCGACUUUUUUGGAUGAUUUACUUGCUUGACCGAUAUGCGACGAUUGCGACGGCGUUUGAAUUCGCAUUAGCCGACAAGGAGAUUGACCGGACGCUGCCUUGCCGGGACGACCUCUGGAUGAAGAAUGAGAAGGUUGACACAAAGUGGUUCAAGACGAGACACCACCACGGAGACCAGCCGGAGCAAGAGACGUUGCAGCCGGAAAACCUGGGCGCCUUUGCGUACUAUAUCGAGAUUCUGGGGAUCUUGUCUAAGAUACAUCAGUUCCUCAAGCAACCCGUCGACAUUAGCGCGCUGAGUGACGUGGAGCAAUGGCAGUUCCGGUACAAGGAGUUGGACAACGAGCUGACGCAGUGGAAGUUUGGCCUUCCCAGUGAGUUUGGCAACAUGUCCCGGCUGUUCCAGUCUGGGCUGGGCAAGAGCAUUAGCUGCACCUGGAUCAUGCUUCACGCCACGUAUCACACGGCCGUCAUCCGACUUCACUCGUCGGCAGCAUACCCUACGACACGAUCGCCCAUCUUCGCGCCGUCGUAUAGCGCCUCCCAGAGGUGCCACGGCGCCGUCGAAAACAUUGCCGCCCUGGGCGAGUUUGUCGUCAACAACGGAAUGUUGUCAAAACUGGGACCUCCGUUUGCGUUUACGAUUUGGGUGUCGGCUCGGUUACUGCUCGUGCACGGCUCAACAGUCGAGCGCAACGUGUCGCCUCAAAUCGGCGUCUUCGUCGAGACCUUGCGUGAGAUGGGUCGAUACUGGCCAGUGGCCGCCCGCUACUGUGGGCUGCUGCAGCGCGUGUUGGACGAGUAUGCCGACAGCGAGAGACAGGGUGGUGGCGUCACGCCGAGCUCAGUACGAAUCCUGGCCGACAUGCGACGCACCGCCUUCGACCUGGACUUUCUCAUCUCUCGCCAGCCUCGUCAGGGCGCGGCGGUACCAAACAUGCAGCGCGUCCCUAGCCUGACACCGGCAAGAACGCCGGCACCAAAUGAGCUUGAGUACCUGGACGUGUUCGACUUCUUCAACGUGCCCCGUCUGCCGUUUGGCCCAGACAGUGGCGGAAUGGCACCAGAGACGUCGAUGGAGGCACAGAACGGAAGUGCCGGUCAGGUGCUCGGACCGCUCAACGAGUUCAACAUUACCAACUUCAUGGUAGACGCCAACAGCGACUGGCUCUUUAAGCAAGACGGCCCGAAGUUCAUGGCUUGA